AUGGCGGCUCCCGUAGGACGAGUUCUUGUUUAUGGUGGAAGAGGGGCACUUGGCUCAACUAUUGUUAAAUUUUUCAAGUCCAGACUUUAUUGGGUUGGUUCAAUUGAUCUAAAUCCAAAUGAAGAAGCUGAUGCUAAUGUUGUGGUGAAACCUGCCGAGUCCUGGACAGAACAAGAAGAUUUGGUUUCUAAAGGUGUAGAGAUUGCCGUUGGAGACUUUAAACUUGAUGCUAUUUUAUGUGUAGCUGGGGGAUGGGCAGGUGGAAAUGCUUCCUCUAAAGAUCUAAUCAAAAACUCAGAUAUGAUGUGGAAACAGAGUGUUUGGACAUCCACUAUUGCUGCAAGUUUAGCUGCUAAAUAUUUAAAAGAGGGUGGAAUUUUAACAUUACCAGGAGCUCAACCGUCUCUACAUGGCACCCCUGGUAUGAUUGGUUAUGGUAUGGCUAAGGCUGCCAUUCACCAAUUAGUUAAAAGUUUAGCUUGUGAAAACAGUGGUUUGCCAUCUAAUAGUCUAGCUACAGCAAUAUUACCGGUCACAUUAGAUACACCUAUGAAUAGAAAAUGGAUGGCUAAUGCUGAUUUUUCAUCAUGGACAACUUUAGAAUUUGUGGCAGAAUUGUUCUAUAAAUGGACCAACGGAGAAAAUAGACCUGCCAAUGGUAGUUUAGUCCAGUUAUUAACUAAAGAUGGUGAAACAAGCCUAGUUAUAGCUUAA